CCCCAGGAUGGCAUUGUGGGAGUUGUAGUCCAUCUCCUCCUAAGAGCGUGGGCAAAAGGCAGAUAAGCAAGCGGGCGGGGCUUUUGUGCCCAGCAAGAAUCAUAGACUAAGUGGCGAGAAGCGCCCACCAGGGAAGAGGCAGAAGCGCGAGAUCGUGUAUGAUGUGGAAUCCAUGGAUAAGGAGGGCCGAUUGUGCUCUGAAAUGAUUGUUAUAAGGCACACUCACCAACGCUUGAGGCAAUCGAGGUUAUACAGUCACCGUUGCAGAACUGAAAGCAUUUGUUGAGUAGGUGUCAAGACUUCCUAUGUUCACUGUUCUGGAAGGCGUGGAGGGCACUGUCUCUUGAGAGUGUGGGACAGCAGUGGACAGCCCAUGUACAUACUCAGCUCUCGGAGGGCUUCGGUCAUCUAAGUCAGGUUUUGCACCAGGAUGGGACUAUUUCAGCUUGACUCUGAUUUCAAAGAUCUAAGCUCUGCUCGCCCCCCCAUCUCACCCCCCAAGCGAAGACUGGUCUUCUUGUCGGAUUGCCCAUGCACUUGUUGCAGAAACAGCCAAGGCCCCGGCUCUGGAGGAUGCUGAAAGAGGAAGACAUGGAAGCAGGACGACCCUGAGAGGUUAAGCCUCUUAAACGUGAAACAGAACUAGGCCUCCUCUUCCCACCUGCCCAGCAGCAUGAGAGCAGCAUGACUGGCCGGCUGCAGGAGAAGCCCCCAGAGCCAGGCCCCCAACUCAACCAUCUGCUGCGGAGGCCAAGGUGUGAGCAGCAUCUCUUCACCACGGUGGUGUUUGGUCCAUACCUAAGCCCGGGUGAGGAUGUAAAACCCCCCGCCCUGCACAUGCGUGGUAGAGGCCAACAGGAACACCUGGCUCUAGCCACAGUCAUGGACAUGUCAGCCGUGGAGUAGUGUGGACGCUUUCUCUCUGCUUCUCAGGGUUUCAGUCCUUUCGGGUUUGUGUCAUUGCUCUUUUUUUAUGGUUUUGUGGCUGGACGUUCACGAUCAAGGCAGGCAUCAUGGGGGAUCAGCAACUGUACAAGACCAAUCACGUGGCCCACGGUGGUGAGAACCUUUUCUACCAACAGCCACCACUUGGCGUCCACGGUGGGCUGAACCACAACUAUGGGAAUACAGUCCCCGGGGCUGGAAUGGAUGCCCCUCAGGCAUCACCCAUCUCCCCCCACUUCCCUCAAGAUACUCGGGAUGGUCUGGGCUUGCCUGUUGGCUCCAAAACGCUUGGCCAAGUGGACACCUCAAGGCAGGGAGGGUGGGCAGGCCACGCAGGGCCUGGAAACCAUGUCCAGCUACGUGGCAACCUGACCAACUCGAACAUGAUGUGGGGGUCUCCAGCCCAGGCGGAGCCCACUGAUGGCUACCAGUACACCUACUCCCAGGCCAGCGAGAUCCGGACCCAGAAGCUCACCAGCGGUGUCCUGCACAAGCUAGACUCUUUCACCCAGGUGUUUGCCAACCAAAACCUGCGAAUUCAGGUCAACAAUAUGGCCCAGGUGCUGCACACCCAGUCAGCGGUGAUGGAUGGAGCCCCUGAAAGCGCCCUCCGCCAGUUGCUGUCCCAGAAGCCCAUGGAGCCCCCAGCACCGGCUCUCCCUUCCCGCUACCAGCAGGUGCCCCAGCAGCCUCACCCUAGUUUCACUGGCGGGCUGUCCAAACCAGCUCUUCAGGUUGGGCCGCACCCCAGCCAAGGGCACCCGUAUUAUGACUACCAGCAGCCACUGGCCCAGAUGCCAGUGCAGGGAGGACAGUCACUGCAGGCCCCCCAGAUGCUGUCCCAGCACAUGCAGCAGCUGCAGCAGCACCAGUAUUACCCGCAGCAGCAACAGCAGCAAGCCGGGCAGCCGCGGAUGUCCGUGCAAGAAAUGCAGCCGCCGCAGCAGCAGCAGAUUCGCCCAGCGCAGCCCCAGCAGCUGCAGCAGCGGCAGGGUUCGAUGCAGAUACCUCAGUAUUACCAGUCCUCACCCAUGAUGCAGCAUUUGCCAGAGUCGCGGCAGCCACAGAUGCACCUGCAGCCCCCUUCUUAUCACAGGGACCCCCACCAGUACACCCCGGAGCAGGCGCACGCUGUCCAGCUGAUUCAGCUGGGCUCCGUGCCCCAGUACUACUACCAGGAGCCCCAGCAGCCCUACGGCCACCCCAUGUACCAGCAGAGCCACCUGCCCCAGCACCAGCAGCCUGAGGACGGUCAGCCCAAGACUUAUCCAAGCGACAGGCAGGCCCAGGCCAUGCUGAGCUCCCACGGGGACCUGGGGCCUCCAGAUACAGGAAUGGGUGACCCGGCAAGCUCGGACCUGAACCGGGUCAGCAGUGCGCUCCCCCACCGGCCGCUCCUGUCCCCCAGUGGCAUCCACCUCAACAACAUGGGGCCUCAGCACCAGCAGCCGUCUCCCAGUGCCGUGUGGCCCCAGAUGCACCUUCCUGAUGGCAGAGCCCAGCCAGGGUCCCCUGACUCAAGUGGCCAACCAAAAGGCGUGUUUGGGGAGCAGUUUGAUGCCAAGAACAAGCUGACAUGCUCCAUCUGCCUGAAGGAGUUCAAGAGUCUGCCUGCCCUGAACGGCCACAUGCGGUCCCACGGGGGGAUGAGGGCCUCCCCUAGCCUCAAACAGGAGGAAGGAGAGAAGGCCCCGGCGCCUCCGCCUCAGCCGCCACUGCCGCCUCCGCCUCCGCCGCCACCGCAGCUCCCACCCGAGGCGGAAAGCCUCACGCCUAUGGUCAUGCCCGUGUCUGUCCCUGUCAAGCUUCUCCCGCCCAAGCCCAGCUCUCAGGGCUUCGCCAACAGCGUCGCUGCCGCCCCCUCAGCCAGAGACAAGCCAGCCAGCUCGAUGUCGGACGACGAGAUGCCCGUGCUCGUGAGGAUGACCCUCUCUCCCCCACACUCACCCCAAGGGGCUGCCCCCCACCCGCCUGCUGACUGUAGAUGUCAUGUCACUCCCUUUCUUCCCCAGGUGUUCAGCUCCCGACAGGCACUGAAUGGCCAUGCCCGCAUCCACGGUGGCACCAACCAGGUGACCAAAGCUCGGGGUGCUGUUCCCUCUGGAAAGCAGAAGCCUGGCAGUGCCCAGAGCGGGUACUGCUCAGUGAAGAGCUCACCCUCUCACAGCACCACCAGCGGCGAGACAGACCCCACCACCAUCUUCCCCUGCAAGGAGUGUGGCAAAGUCUUCUUCAAGAUCAAAAGCCGAAAUGCACACAUGAAAACUCACAGGCAGCAAGAGGAACAGCAGAGGCAGAAAGCCCAGAAGGCGGCUUUUGCGGCUGAAAUGGCAGCCACGAUUGAGAGGACUACGGGGCCGGUGGGGCCGCCGGGGCUGCUGCCCCUGGACCAGCUGAGUCUGAUCAAACCCAUCAAGGACGUGGACAUCCUCGACGAUGACGUCGUCCAGCAGUUAGGAGGCGUCAUGGAGGAGGCCGAGGUCGUGGACACCGGUCUCCUCUUGGAUGAUCAAGAUUCAGUUUUGCUUCAGGGUGACACGGAACUCUAAAGCCCUGUGUGUUGCUUGGAGACAGCGAAAACCCACGGUCUCCAUCCUCAUUCAUCAGGAAAGCUGGACUGUCUGCUUGUUUUGUAACCAUGUUAAACUACCUGUUUAAAAAGUGGUCGUUUUUUUCAGGUUUAGAAAAAAAUCGGGGUUUUUUCCUUUUAUUUAAAAACAAUUGUUUUGUGGGAGGUUGGGGGGGAAUAAAUAAUUGGCACAAUCCUACUUUAAGAUGUGUUUCAUCUGGGCUACAUUCCCAUGAACUCAUUCCUGGUUGGGAAUGAACCUGACGUUCAUGUUCUUUUGCUUUCAGAUGCCAACCAUCCUGGUUGCCUUUUUAUCCCAAAGCGUGCAUGGGUGAGUGAGUGAGAGAGUCUGUGUGCGUGUGCGUGUGCGUGUGCGUGUGCGUGUGUGUGUGUGUGUGUGUGUGUGUGUAAAGCAGGCUACCCUCUUUGUGCUGGAGUCUUGGGCCAUCCUUUCCCACCAAGAGUCAUUUUUGUGCUGACCUCAUUCCGCAGUUUGCAGUGAACUUGGCGUCUUUGCCGGGAGACCAUGCUAGGAAGUAGCUUUCCAGUGAGCAAAGGCAGCCCUGUGUUCAACAGCUUUCUUCUAGCACACACGUCAUUUGAAGAGUUGACCAAAUGUGAAAGUCAUUUUUCUCCCUGCCCUGCCUGUCACUCGGCCUGUUUCUGAAAACUGAGCGCUGUGUCAUUUCAGGCUUUUCCUCCCUGGCCGUGAUUUACUAAGAAGGUGAUUCAGGGAGCAAGUGCGUCCUCUUCCUAGUUCCGUGAAGACCGGUUGACUCCAAUUCAUGGGUUAGCAGGAUCCCUUGGAUUUCCAAGAACUCAGAUCUUCUAAAUUUCACAUGCUUCUCUUCCAGUUGGCCUGAGCCGACUGGAAAUCCGUCUGGAGGAAAAUAACCCCAACUAUUAAGUUGCCAGGGCGUUUUCAGGGAGGAUGGUGGAGGAGCGCAGAUUAAAGUCCCUGGAAUGCCAGCAGGCCCAAAAACUAGAUCAGAAGAGCUGAUUCUUUUUUGCCACACCGUUAAUGGUCAGUGGAGUUCUGAAAUUACUCUGUGCCACUUGGAAGUACUGUGAAACCUCAUUCACUAGGAUUCUGCUGUCAUUCGCCUGUGCUGGACCGAAGUUUACCUUGACGCUAACUCUGAGGAAAAGGGUUUGUCUAACGAAUCUGAUGGCAAAUACAAGGGAAAUAGCAUUAAAGGCCAACAAAAAUGGUUUCAGAUACCACUUCAGCUACAGUGUUUGCGUUCAAACGAUGAAUGUAUUCAUUAAAGUCAUUUACCAAAGCCCUUCUAGAAUUCUCCAAGCUACAUACCCCUGCUCUGUCUCCUCCUGUCCCUGCCGGCAGGGUUGCUGUUUGUACUUGAAGGUAAUAAACCUGUAAUCCUUCAAAAAUGGCGUCGAGCUCAGGCUUUUGAGCUGAGUCAGACUCCUCCAUGGCCUCCGUCAGGGCAGAUGAGUGCGCGCGCCUUCAGGCUGGGAUGCGGCCCCAGCACAGAGCUGACGCUUCUGAUGCCCCAACUCCUGCAGGUGUGGCAAUCCUGCCAGGGCACUUUGCUGGCACAGUAAUAGUUUGAUGUUAAAGAGGAUGUCAGCGGAAGCAUGAGGAUAGGACUGGAGCAUCUUUAAGUUGUCUCAGCAAAAGCUUCUAGCACACACUGAAGACCCACAGCAGCCCCACGCAGGCAGUGUCCUCUGAAUCUCAGGAAAGCCAUGGACAGAAGAUCAAUACAAAGCUUCUUUUCAUUGCCACCGUUCGGUUUUCAGAAAAAGAGGUCUUGAAGAUUUCCUUUAUCUUUUUUUAGGGGAAAAAAAAAGUGUUUCACUUGCUGCCAUUUCUGACAAAUUAUUCUAUGUUCUGAGUUCAGAACUGCCUGGGGAGGGCAUCAGCUUUGUGGCAGAACUAUUCCAGAACCAUUCCAACUGUCAUAUUGGCUGAUCCCAUCUGUCCCAGUGACUACUUCCCUCCGCUUGUGGGGGUCUGAGAGGGAUUCUGGAAUGGUUCUGCUAUUGGGUCUAUGAGAGCUUAUCUAGCAAAGGAGCAAACACCCGGAAAAAUGUUUAUAAAGCAAAUGUACUCGUUCUGUUUGGAGAUUUGCCCGGCUGUUCCAGUUUAAAACAUUAAAAUAAACUGAGUUGCCCAGGCAAAAAUAUAAUGCACAAUUUAAUUUUGAUUUUCCAUGCGGUAUAGCAUUUGCAUUUUUGACUUGAAAAAACCAAAGAACUCCUCCUUGAUGAGACAGUUCACUUUCCUGAAUUAGUAUUUUUCUUCACAAUAUCAACUUAAAGAAUUGACUUCAUAGUAAAAUAUUGCACUUAUUUUUUUCCUGAAAUGAUUCUGCCUGCAUGUAUGUGUUGUGUUUUAGCUCCUCACCCCCCCCAUCUCUCCCCACCCUAAAGAACUUUUCUUCCCAAUGGUUUGUUUUCAACACAGUUAC